ACAUACUUUACGGUAUGAAGUAGCGUUGCCAUAGAAAACCCGGAAAUGCUCAAGAAAGCCCCAUGGAUGCAUUAUCUCGUUUAUGACCUUAUGUAGUUUGUCUAGGUGCAUGUUUUAUUGGUGGUUGUGGUUAUUUUCGGGCUAAUGUUUGUAAUUUUGGAUAUACCUUAAAACGUAAGGGAGCGGUUGACGGGAUAGCAAACUCGUUCUGGAGAAAUCAGUGUCGGUCAUCCAAUAAGCCCGACAAGAUGUCUGGUCAGCAUGGAGUGGCAGCUAACUGAACGGAGGCGCCGCGGGGGGAGAGAUGUCGACCAGGGGCUACUGGAGAAACCUUGCAGAAGCCUCGACUGGUCAGUUCUAAUCCCAAAGCCGGACAGGAACACUUCCUGAGGCACAACAGGGCCACCAUGCUUCAGACUAGCAACUACUCCCUGGUGCUGUUGAUUCAACUGAGCCUGCUGGCCUAUGACCUCUUCGUCAACUCCUUCAGCGAACUCCUUCGUGGAGCGCCUGUCAAUCAGCUGGUGCUCUUCACCAUUCAGGAUAUUGCCAUCCUGUUCAACGUGAUCAUCGUUCUCCUGCUGAUGUUCAACACCUACGUGUUCCAGGUUGGCCUGGUCUCCCUGCUGCUGCAGCGCUUCAGGGCUCUGCUGGGGGUCUCCGCCCUCUACCUGACUCUCAGCAUCUGCCUCCACUGCUGGCUCAUGACCCUUCGAUGGAUCGACUCAAACAGUUUUGUUUGGACCAACGGCCUUCAAGCGCUGUUUGUUUUCCAGAGGACAGCUGCUGUGCUGUAUUAUUACCUCUACAAGCGUACAGCAGAGUUCCUGGGAGACCCCAGACUCUAUGAAGACUCUACGUGGCUGCGUGAGGCCUUCGCUAAAGCCCGUCAGUGAAGGAAGCGUUCUGCCCUAUAGUUGCCUUGAGACAUGUUUACAGUGUACAUGUUUGAUGCCAUUUUUUAUUUCAGAUUUUCUAUUUUUGUGUUAGCCAAAUAAACGUUUUAGUAAUUAUAUUGUAUCCCUGAAUAUCCAGGAUGUUUCCUCACUUCAACAGACAACACUUUAUUGUUAACCAGAACAUUUGUCUGGGAUUGAGUUUUUUCAGGGUACAACUCUGUCCACAGAUAACUUCUAGUAGAAGGUAUUUUUGCUAGCUUAUGGUAUAACAUUUGGCUAAACUGCUACCAAUUACAUUUUAAAUGUCUAAAACUGACCACAAGGGGAAAAAAAGACAUGACACCCACAAUUUUAGAAAUUAUUUUUUACUGAUUAAAUGAAAAAAAAAACGUCCACUUGAUCUCACAAUCGUGAAAUCCUAAAUCCAAAAUCCUUUUCCCGUUGAGUGUGAUGUCGAUUCCACUGGAAUGUUGUUGCUUUCUUUGACACA